AGUCGCUCUCGGCACCAUGACAACAGCGCGUCUCGAGUGAGGAGAUGAGUUGAGCUGUUGUGUUUUACCUCACAUUACUGAAGGAAACUCACUGCAUUCAUCACAGGAUGUCUCUGUUCAAGGCCCGUGAUUGGUGGGCGUCGGCGCUGGGCGAGGGAGAGGAGUUCGAUCAGGGCUGUCUGUGUGUCGGGGAUGUGGAUAACAGUGGAAGUGGAUACGAUAAGAUAGUGGUGGGCAGCUUCAUGGGCAUGCUGCGCAUCUUCUCCCCGCGCGCGGCUGGAGCGCCGGAGCUGAGCGAGGCCGACGUGCAGCUGCUGGAGGUCCGACUGCCCGAGCCCGUCCUGCAGGUGGAGCUGGGCAAGUUCGUCUCGUGA